AUGAUUGUCUUGCUGGUCAGUUUUGCUGCUCUUCUGUGUCCCACCAUCCACAGUGAGGACGCUUCAGUGGAAUGGUGCUAUCACAAGGCAGCAUGCAAUUCUACCACCUGGCCCAAGAUUGCCCCACAAUAUUGCAAUGGAUCCAACCAAUCUCCCAUUAAUAUCGUGACUGCAAGUGUUCAGGGCAAUCCUAACUUGACCUCGUUCAACUUCACUGGUUUUGAUGACAACUCCACCUUCCGGGAUAUCAAAAACUCAGGCGAAUCCGUGGUGGUUAACCUGGAUGAUGAGAAAAUGACAGUGCAAGGAGGCGGUCUUCCAGGUCUUUACAACACUGUACAAUUCCAUCUCCACUGGGGUAAUGGCAGCUCCUCGCCUGGCUCAGAUCACACCGUGGAUGGCAAACAAUACCCAAUGGAGCUGCACAUUGUAAAUGUCCAUUCAAAAUACAACAGGAAUGUGUCAGCUGCUCUAGCUGCCGAAGACAGCACAGCAUUGGCUGUUCUUGGUUUCUUCAUUGAGGGAACCGAUGAAGUGAACAAACCAAAAGGUUGGAUUACCCUAACAUCAUUUUUGACAAGCAUCCCCAAUUCAGGUAAUACAACCACAGACAUCAUGAAUCAAACAACACUGAACAGUCUGAUUGAAGGUGUGGACAGGACUAAAUAUUACCGUUACCAAGGCUCCCUAACUACACCCAGCUGUAAUGAAGCUGUGAUUUGGACAGUGUUUAAAGAGCCUGUCAAAGUCAGUCAUGACUUGAUCAACCGCUUCAGCACUACUGUCUUUUUUAAAGAUGAAAGCGCUUCAGUUCUGAUCACCAACAGCUUCAGAGGAGUUCAGCCCUUGAAUGGCAGAGUUGUGACAUCACAGGUGGUACAAACAGCAGCUUCAUCAGCGGCCGCAUCCACUUUAUCUGUUGUCACAGUACUUCUCAUGUCCAGUUUGUGUUGGCUGUAGAAAUACGCUUUGUGCACAUUUAAAAGCAAUAAGAGCUGGUUUAAUUAAUU